CCGGGAUUUGUCCCCAACAAACCAACCAGCACACAUUUUUGCACGCAGUCAGGAUGGCGUCGUACGGGCUACUGGAUCAGUUGGAAGAAGAUGGACUUCACAAGUCCCGCCUCUUGAACGUCGAAGAGAAGCCAUUCAAGCGCAUCUCGAAGCGUCUUCUGAACCAUGAUUCGAUCGUCGUGUCCAAUGCGACCCUCCCCCCUACCCCUCCGCCGGAUGGAACGGACGAUGAAGCCGCCGCAGCGGCCGAGGCGGAGAAACAAAAACGGCUGGAGGAAUGGCGCCAUUUCCGUGAAGACGUGGUUUUGGACUUCGCGGCAUUCGAAGGCAGCAUCGCGCGCAUUCAAUUCCUCCUGACCAGCAACGAGAAAGAGCGCGAGCGGUAUGCGGCGGAAAAGCUUCGAAUUCUCUCCACCAUGCAAUCGGUUCGCGACAACACAACAGAGCUGCGGGUUCAGCUGGGAGAGGCGCAGCGUCUCCUGGCGUUGCGCAAAAGCUACGAUGAACUGGCCGAGAAGAUCACCAGCAACCGGCUCCUCAAGCCGCGGGAAGAUCAACAGGCGAAUCUACAAAAGCUACAGGCGGAGAUCACCGAGCUGGAGAAGGAGAGCACGGAAUACGCGCAGACAUGGUCGGAACGGCGAGAACAAUUCGGUCGCAUCGUCGAAGAAGGAAUGCAACUCCGCCGCCUGAUUCGCGACGAAAAGGAAGAGGUGGAGCGGAGGGAGGGCAUGCAAGAAGGCGAGGAGGGAGAUGAUGGCGAUGAUCCUUCGAAAGGAAAGUCCAGUGGAGCUAACACACCGCGACACGAGUCGGACAGUGCGACGCCUUCCCACCAAGGCCCUGACGAUCUUGGUCGAUCCCCGGCUAGCUUGCAAGUGGAAAGGACGAGCGCGACCGGCGCAGUGUCACCCUUACGACAAGUGACCGCGGUGGAUGAUGGAAAGAAGAGUUCCCCCGAUCAGGACACGGCAAUGGAAGACGAGGGUGAGGUAGAAGAGCUGGAAGAAGGGGAAGAAGUGCAGGAUGAUCGUGCAGACAAAAUGGACACUACCUGAAUUAUCGGAGAUUUUCUACCACUCAUUGAGCAAGGAGUUUGGUCGGUGGCGUUCACAUCAAGGUGACUAUCAAAUUACAUUGAAUUUUUUUUUUGCUUUUCUCAGGAAACUAUCUUGGUACUAGAC